AUGCUGCUCGCCUGGCCGUGGCUGCUGGCCCUGGGGCUGCUGGUGGGGCGUGGGGAGGCCCAGAGCUGCACCCAAGCAUACGGAGGCCCGAAUUUGGCCAGAGGCCAGCCGACCAUGCAGGCCUCCCCAGUCGCAUCUUCGGGCCCUGGAAGUUCAGGCUGCGCUGUGAACGGGGUCUGUAACGGGAAUUGGAAUUCCGCAUCCUGCACUCAAACCAAUCUGGUGAACGACCCGUGGUGGUCCGUGGACUUGGGCAAAGAAUACUCCAUCUCCCUUGUGGUGGUGAAAAACCGGCAGGACUGCUGCGGAUACAGACUCCAGGGGGCCACGGUCUACGUGGGAAAUUACAUGGGCGACUUUGGUAGCAGCAGCAUCUCCUGUGGAACCAUCACAAACAUCGAAGAAGGAUCCCUCACCACCAUCCCCUGCAAUGGAGCCGUGGGCCGCUACGUAACCAUUGCCAUCACUGAUCGAGUGGGAUACCUGACUGUGUGUGGGGUGGAGGUCUAUGGCACCUGUCCACUGUCCCGUCGUUGUUAGAGAUCACAGCAUCGUCAAUUGUAUAUGUGUGUGUGGAAUUUAGUAAUGAAUUUCCAAUAAACUUCCCG